CCCCAUAACAUAGAGAACCGCUCCUGGCCAGACUGCACUCCUCGCACCAACAGGUGCUCUGUUGUUGCUCCAUCCCGUUCGCUCGCUCGGCUGAGGGUCAAGAUCAGAUCGGCGCAAGAAAUUCUCUAAUAAUUCUGCAUCCCGAUUGCCAUGUUCGAAUUUAGAAAGUGCACUCAUCGCACGAGUAGUUUCAGUGCAGCGUUCGAGACAUCGAGACCCCAAAGACCCACGGAGCACAGGCCGAGAUUGCGAUGUGGCAGAACCUCAAGGUGCUGGUGGGCCGCUACCCGAUAAUGCGCGGCAUGAUAUCGUACAGCCUGAUCUGGCCCACGGGCAGCCUCAUCCAGCAGACGGUGGAGGGCAGGCGGUGGGGCACCUACGACUGGUGGCGCGUGCUCCGGUUCAGCAUGUACGGCGGCCUGUUCGUGGCGCCCACGCUCUACGGCUGGGUGAAGAUCUCCAGCGCCAUGUGGCCGCAGACGUCGCUGCGCACGGGCGUCAUCAAGGCGGCGGUGGAGACGGUGUCCUACACGCCGGGCGCCAUGACCUGCUUCUACUUCAUCAUGAGCCUGCUGGAGGGCAGGAUGGUGGAGGAGGCGGUGGCCGAGGUGGGCAAGAAGUUCCUGCCGACCUACAAGGUGAGUUUUGGAGUGAGAGUUCCAACAGUUUUGAGCUUAUUUACGGAACCACAGGUGGCUCUGUCCGUCUGGCCACUGGUGGCCACCAUCAACUUCACUUUGAUACCCGAGCGCAACCGAGUGCCCUUCAUCAGCGCCUGCAGCCUGUGCUGGACCUGCUUCCUGGCCUACAUGAAGCACCUGGAGCACCACGAGGUGGACACGGCUAUUUAGUGAACGUAUUACUUAAAAUUAUACUAGUUUAAAUAAAAGUUAACUUUAAA